AUGGCCGCCGUUCAGGAAUUGGCCGAGCGCCUCAAGUCCGACGACAAGGUCUACGUCGACACCGACGCCGGCGCCGACGAGCCCUCCACCACGGGCACCGAGUCCUCCCCCUUCAAGUCGCUUGCCGCUGCAUACAUCGCCAACAACGACUCCGUCACCUCGCGUCAGUUCCUCACCCGCGCCUCCAAGACGGGCGACGACGAGGCCGCCCGCCUCGAGUGGAAGGAGCCCGCAAAGAGUGCCGUGAAGAAGGCCCAGUCCGCCCUCGACGCCCACCGCAAGAAGCUGGCAAAGCAGGCCCAGAUCGAGGCCAAGGAGGAGGAGCAGAAGAAGGCGCGCCAGCAGGCUCUCGAGGCCGCCAAGCAGGUCGUUAUCAAGGAGGAUGAGUCACUUCCCCCGGCGAAGCGCAUCACCAUUGGCGACAAGAACGUCGAGCUGGGCGAGGGCGACAAGAAGGGAGACCGUGUCAAGAUUGCUGGACGCAUUCACAGACUGCGCGCGCAGAAGCAGGCCACCUUCAUCACCCUGGUCGACGGCUACGGCCACCUCCAGUGCGUUCUCCAGGCCGGCGACCUGACCAAGACGUACGAUGCUCUUACCUUCGCCCAGGGCACCUCCCUGUGGGUGUACGGCGAGCUGAAGAAGGUCCCCGAGGGCCAGACGGCUCCCGACAACCGCGAACUCCACGUCGACUACUACAAGGUCAUCGGCACCUCGCCCACGGACGAGGAUGCCAUCACCAACAAGGUCUCGCUGCUGCAGAACCAGUGGGACUCCCAGAUGCUGGACAACCGCCACCUGGUCCUCCGUGGCGACAACGCCUCCGCCAUUAUGAAGAUCCGCGCCGCUGUUGAGUGGGCUUUCAGCAAGACCUACAAGGACCUCAAGGUCACCAAGACCCAGGUCGAGGGUGGCGCCACGCUCUUCUCCGUCCCCUACUACGACGAGGCGGCCUACCUCACCCAGUCCUCCCAGCUGUACCUCGAGACCGUCCUGCCCAGUCUUGGUAGCGUCUACUGUAUCGAGAAGUCGUUCCGUGCCGAGCGCAGCUUGACCCGCAGGCAUCUUUCCGAGUACACCCACGUCGAGGCCGAGCUCGACUUCAUCGAGUUCCCUGACUUGCUCGAGCAUCUCGAGGAGGUCAUGUGCCGCGUCAUCGACAACGUCCUGGCCGACGAGGAGAUCGCCGCCUUCAUCAAGGAGCUCAACCCCGACUUCAAGAAGCCCGUCCGCCCCUUCAUGCGCAUGAAGUACACCGACGCCAUCGACUGGCUCAACGCCCAGGACCCCCCCAUCCUCAACGAGGACGGCGAGCCCCACAAGUUUGGCGACGACAUCGCCGAGGCUGCUGAGCGCAAGAUGACCGAUGCCAUCAACAAGCCCAUCUUCCUCACCCACUUCCCUACCGAGAUCAAGGCUUUCUACAUGAAGAAGGACCCCAACGACCCCCGCGUCACUGAGAGCGUCGACUGCCUCAUGCCCGGUGUCGGAGAGAUCGUCGGUGGCUCUAUGAGAAUGGAGGGCUACGAGGAGCUUAUGGCUGCCUACGACAGAGAGGGUAUCCCGUCCAAGGAUUACUACUGGUACACCGACCAGAGAAAGUACGGUACCUCUCCCCACGGCGGCUACGGUCUCGGCCUCGAGCGUUUCUUGGCCUGGCUGGCCAACCAACACACUGUUCGCACGACGUGCCUGUACCCCCGUUACAUGGGACGCUGCAAGCCUUAA